UGAAGUCCAACAAAACACCGGCCUAGUUGGUGAGAGCCAUGGAGAACGCAAAACGACGUCACCUUCGAUCAUGACAAUCAGGAGGACAGGAGCGAGCGGGAGUCUUUAACAGAUUGCCGGCCGGCCACCAUGGAUCGUCAAAGUAAAGGAUCACAAAGAAACUCCAUCCAAGAGGCAGCAAGGAAUUUAAUGUCUUUGCUGGGCAGCGAGCUAGAAGUAAACAGUCAGCAGCAGACACCACCUCAACAAAAGGCCCUUCAACAGCAGACUCAACCACCACAGUCGGUUCAACAGGAAAUGGCCAGGUCAUUUCCAGGCUUCUUUAAUAGAGCCACUGCAAGGGGCAGAAAAAGAUUCCACUCACCCUGUAGGGUGGCCAGCAGUAGUGCAAAGUCUGUAACCCUGCAGUUCUUUAUGUUAAGUGAAAACACAGACAGGACACCAACAGCAACACAUGAAUUGAAACUACUCCUUGCUGGGAUGGGGAGACGCACAAUAACACUGCCCGAGUCUGCUGACCACUGUGAGAUCUCAAGACUUCUGACCAGUCAGUACCCGAAACUGGCAAAUAUAUCUGGAGGCUGGCUGUUGUAUAAAGCCCUCGGUGGUUCGGGACAACGGAAACUUUCUGCUAUCCCCCCAGAAGCAGAAGGUUACAAUGGCCAGUUUUUAAAAAGUAUGACUGGAGGAGGAAAGAACAUAAUCUACAUUAUUCCUCUCCAGGAUGCAAUAGAUACGUCCCCUCUUCCUCUAGAUGCACCUGAGUUUGAAAAGAUGCCAAAGGCGGCUUGUAGAGUGUGUAGAAAUAGCAUGCCCUUGCAAGUAUUGGCUGUGCAUGUAAAGUCCUGUAUGGACCAGCCAUCAUCAGGGGAUGACUUUGAGUCUACCCCGGAUGUGACAGUUGUUGCGGAAAAUAUUCCAGCGGAAGCUCCACCAGGGACUAGUAACUCCACAGCUGCCUGUCCAGUAUGUCAGGUUGAAUACCCUUUGGAUUAUCUCCAAAUCCAUGCCAGCUUAUGCGGAGAGAGUCUGGAGGAAACGCCUGUGUCUAAAUCAACUGAAGGUGUAGUUGAAAAUCUUGAUGAUGUUAUCCGGGCAAUUGGGGAUGCUGUAACCAUGGAUGACAAAACAUUUGACAUCAUAGUGUCACGACAAAACAUGUUGGAGAGGGGCCUUGUGCAGUGGCAGCGGCAAAAAAAAGCAUCUCCUACUAACCAGCUUCAAGUUACCUUUUUAGGAGAAGCUGGUGUUGACACUGGGGCUCUCCGUAAAGAGUUUCUGACAGGGAUGGUGGCGGGCAUUGAAGAACGGUUCUUUGAGAAGGGCACACAUGGCCGUAGACCUAAAUACUCAAUGUCUGAUUUGGACAAAGGUCAUUUCAGGUCUGUUGGAGAAAUAAUGGCUGCCAGCUUGGCCCAAGGAGGACCAGCUCCAAAUUUUAUGAUGCUCUGGUGCUACAAGUUCCUCUGCACUGGGUCCCUGGACUUGCACAAAAAUGAUGUGGGAGAUGAGGAGUAUAAGGAUCUCUUAUCAAGAGUAGAUGAGGCCACAGAGAUAACAAUUGAUGAACUCUCAGAGGAGAUCCUCAAUUGUGGGUACACAGGACUAAUCACCUUAGGGAAAAAGGACGAAAUAAUACGAUUCUUCAAAGUAGCCACUACUAAAGUAGUUCCUCGCACAGUAAACAUAUACCGAGCAAUGUCGACGUUCUCCACUCCUUGA